CAAAGGAAAUAAACAACAAAUUGGAUACACUCUGUUAUCUUUUUUGCCAGUGACGCAUAUUUGUAAAAUUACAAGUCAAGAGCUUGCUCGUAUCAACCUUAUCGUCCAAACCUGAUGCUGCCGGGCUAGUGCAAAUUAUAUCGGAUAGCAUAAAUGCUCUACCGGCAGCUGUCCGAGUAUGUCGACAAAAGAGCGUGAGCUGCUUAGAAACGUAAAUGAGAAAAUCGAAUUAAUUGAGCCAAGCACUGGAAAAUUGUUUUUUGAACACAAAACUGAGCUAGUGUUUAUUAAACCGCGCUUAAUGCCACUAAAGUCUCGCGCCUUGGAGAGUCUCGAGGAAAUGCAUCGCGAGACAGCUCGCCAGCUGCAACAAAAACGCACGAAGCGCAACAAGAACAACGCUGGUGAGCUACACCAGGCAGCCGCAUAGGCUGCGGCCUCUUAUUAUUAAGUCUAGCACAUUUUCGCAAUCGUAAACAAGCACCUAGAAAUGGCAUACUUGCUGACAUUCGGUAUCAUC